GACAGUCAUGGCCAGAUUCUCUCUCGCCUUCGGGCUGCUCGCGGUGGCACUGAUAGCGUCUGUCGAGGCCAGGAGCCCCAUCCGCCCAGGUAUCAGGCCGGGCUAUGACUGUGGCUUCAUCUAUUGCCCCACCGUCUACGACCCUGUUUGCGGCAGCGACAGGAAGACGUACCCCAGUCGGUGCAACCUGGAGGUGGCGAGGUGCUGGAACCCGCGACUGAGACUCGUGGGGUCGGGAGUGUGUCGAUUCAGGCCGGGCUCUAACUGUGGCGCCAUCGCCUGUCCCGCCAUCUACGCCCCUGUUUGCGGCAGCGACGGGAACACGUACCCCAGUCACUGCAAUCUGCAGGCGGCCAGGUGCAGUAACCCGCAAUUAAGAGUCGUGAGCCAAGGAGAGUGCCCUUCUCAAAAUAACUGCCCGACUGUCUGCCCCUUUAACUACGACCCGGUGUGUGGCAGCAACGGCAAGACUUACCCCAAUGAAUGCGCUUUGGAGAGUGACAAGUGUUCGGUCCAGGGACUCACACUAAGUCACAAGGGAGAAUGCUAGGUCCACCGGAACAAAAGUCUCGUCCACGCUGAUUCCUCCUCCAGUCUUCUCUGCCUCCCCCCACCCCCUACCCCUUCCCCUCCUCUCCCUCUAACCUCCCUUUCAACCCCCCUUCAACCUCCCCCCCCCCAGCUGGACGUGAACGUUGCUGUGGUGUUCAGUGAUCACUACGCUAUCGACCAAGGAAGAUGUUUAACCAGUCUCAAAAAAAAAAAAAAAAAAAAAAAAAAAAAAAAAAAAAAUUGGCUAAUAUUCCGUAACCCAAAGAUUACAUAAGCAUAUGUAUGAUAUGCUUUUUUAUGAUUUAUGUUUUAUCUCGCAUUAAAGUAAUUGGAUUUUG